CUGUUAGCUAACAAUUUCGGUGCUCUAUUGACAGGCAAACACAUUCCCGGAGGCUUACAGUCCGUGGAGCACGUCUUCUGCCCAUUCAAUGGCAGAUAUAGAUUCACAUACGGGGCCAACAAUGGAGACCAACACUGCGACCAGAAUUACUCGGAACUGAGCAAUUGUCCGCAUGGAAAUGCCCUAGGGGCUAAGUUCAGAAAAUGCAAUUUUCCCAACUUUGACAUACAUUUCCUUUGUUUGGGCGAUUGGGAGUCGAGCGCCGGUUCGGGCGAACGCUUCCUGGCCUUAAUGGACCUGAGAGACCAGCCCGAGGCCCGACCCAAAUACAGGUGCGGCCUCUAUAGCGAAGACCCCAAAACAGGAAAGAUCAACGUCUCGCUGUCCGCCGACUCGACCUGUUCCGCGCAGCUCAAGAGUGCCGACAUUGGCUUCGAGACACUGACGCUGUCGCCGGUGGCCAACAAACCGCUGCCACUUCUGGCGGUGAACUCCAAGUGUCGGUUCCCGGACUGGAUGCAGGGCAAGUGGCAACAGUCCAACAUUGACGGCAAUCGACUCGUCUUCCAGGACGAGACCAACCAAUUCCGCACCAUUACAUCCCGUUGUAUAAUGAGACAAAACAAUACACCAAACGAGCGCUUUAUUGUCCAUUCGGUGACCCAAUGCGGAGACCAAUCGUAUACUUGUAUUUGGAUUAAAAAGAGGUCACCGAAUAUAUUGGAGUUUCAAUUCGCCGAAAAGUCCAGCGAAGUUAUGACUGAAAGCCUGUGUAAUGACAAUCAGUUUACCUCAAACUGGAUAACUCAAGGCAAAGGGAUAGCUAUAGCGUCGUCGACGUCUUGUCCGAUAACUGGUGACUAUAGUGGUGUAGUUCCGGGCGCUUCUGGUCUGUGCGCUAAAGUGGCCUCCGAUUGCAAUAAUCCCGAUAUCAUGUUCUAUAGUGUCAGCAGUUGUGAGAAUAGGACUCAUGUCUACGAAGUCUCCAAAAUAGUGUUUCGAUUUGCAAUUGAUAUCGAAGUUGAGACCAAAGAGCAUAACAGGCUAUUAGAUAAUGUGCUUAGGUUUGAGAUCUCAUUAAAACUCAUUUUGGAUUUUUUUAGUGUGAACAAACCUGUUGUGUUUGGUCGCCAAGAUUUGGUGGUGGGUUGUGUGUCGGCGUCGUACCAGUACGGGUCCCGCGUUAUGGCCGGUCGCGGCGGCGCCGGCGAUAGUAUAGGCUUAAUGCCCGGAGCGGGCAAUGGCCUGAUUGGCGGGUAUACUGACGGCUGGUGCGGAGGCAUUGGGAAGCCUUUGUCGGGUUUCCAAUUGGGACGGAUAGGAACA